UCUUUUCACCGACAGUAAAUGGUCCCGGGAUGAAGGUUUUGUGCGUUAAAUGACAGGCUGGAGGGACCGUAUUCCCUCCGGAUGUUUGAUGUUUCCCUGAGUAGACUUCUAAUUUAGCUCAGCUGGAUCUUAAGAAAUUGUUCUGGCUGAGUGGGGCUCAGAUUAACUUCACACGGUGACAGUUCAGAGGCAAAAUAUGGUGCCUGUUAGCAAAACAAACCCUUAGAGAAAACCCCCUCCGAGGGGGGAGACUGUCAAAACCAGCGGUAUGGGAGAAAGAGGACUGAGAAGGAGAGGACAAUCAAAGGCUGUUAUUUUAAUCUGCCCUGGCUCGGAGAUUAGCCGACCACAUUGUUUUAAUUGUUUUAACGGGAGGGAAUGAAAUGCUCCCUUAUAGGAGGAUCCUUGGCAUAAAUCUCUCAAGUUCAAUAGUUUCAAAAACUUGAGCUCCUUGCAACCCCCCUCUCUUCCCUCAUCCCACCUAAUCCCGGCUAAUACCUUUCUUUCUAUUGGCUAAUGGCUGAGGGGAGCCUGGGUAAAUGCUUCUUAAAUAGUCGUGGGUGAGAAUGGUUUCGGAGAAUUAGAUCCGUGCCUCGACAAAGGGCGCUGCUGUGUCGAGGAUAUAAGGCCCCCGAAACUGGACUAAGAGACACUGGACUACCGAGCGCCGCGGCCGAACUGGACCUGAACCUGGAUCCGCACCCGGUUCUGCUCCGGAUCUGACUCUCAGAUCCACCAUGAACUCCUUGAAUUUCUGCGGGACGUCCGGCGGCCCCGUCUUCCCCCUCCACGGUGUCGGCUCCAUGCUGUUCGACCUGCGCCACCAGGUGGCGGAGCAGUACCACGCUUACUCCGCACCGGGCCCCGCGGUGCACACCCUGUCUGUGGCGGAGAGGCUGGCAGAGCUCAUCCUGGAGGCUCGCUAUGGCAACCAGCAGAAGCAACGCCGCAGCCGGACGGCGUUCACGGUGUCGCAGCUGCAGGCUCUGGAAAAAGCCUUCCAGCAGACGCAGUAUCCAGAUGUGGGCAUGAGAGAGAGGCUGGCCGUGUGCAUCAACCUGCCCGAGGCCCGCAUCCAGGUGUGGUUCAAGAACAGGAGGGCCAAGUUUCGUAAAGGGCAGCGAUGUUCUCCUCUCUCCAGAGACCACAGCCUGGAGGAGGCUUCGCACCACAACAAGACGGACAAGGAGGAAACCGGGACCGAAGGCAAAGAAGACGUCGCACCGUCACACACCGGCGGCAACAUCCCUCCUCCUCCCAUUCCUCCUCCUUCUCAUCAUCCUCCCGUGGAUAAGAGCAGGGAAUCAGACUCUGACACCCCCCGGUGUCCCCUCCGGCUCCACUCUCCUCCCAUUUUCCCCUUCAUGACCGGGCAGGAGUGUUACGGUCACCCACCUCAGCAGCAGGUUGUAGGUUUAUUGUCCGCCGAGCUCGCCCUCCCCCCCGUGUUCUGGCCCAUCCUACAGCAGCACAGCUCCUCCUUGGGGCUUCCUCCGUCGCCGCUUACCAAGAACUGUAGCCUCUCCCUUCAGACUGCUCGCUCCGGCGAAGCGAUGCGUCACCCUCACCCGGGGCUUUAACUGAUAGAUACAGAUCUCUCCCUUUCCAUGCACCUGAUGUAUUCCUGUUUGGAAACAGAGAACAGACAUUUGUUUUCCUCCCCCGUCUGUCUAAAGGGACAUAAACGUCACAUACUUUCUGAGUCUGCUUUAGUUAACAUUUGUCUGAGUGGCUCGAACAGAGCUGGCUGUCUAUUAUUCCAGACAUUAAACAAUGUAACCCCUCAUUUCAAACGCACUGUCUUCUUCAGCAUUGUGUAGCUGGCUGUGCUGCCGUGGUUUGUUUUUGUAGACAGCGAGAAAAUGGGUAAAAAAGCAUUUGAGAAAUUGUUCCUGAUUGUAACUGAGCACUGCAACAUAGUGACGUCAAAUAAAAUUAU